AUGCACUGCAGAAUGAUGCUGGAGCGAGAAGGCCAGCAAGAAAGCAAUUUCCGGGGACUGACAACAUUCACCAGUAGCUCGGUGCUCGAUUCUUUCAUGAGACGCUUGAAAGACUUCGAUAGCAGUCGGAAUAAAGCCAAAUACGGCUUCGGCGACUUUCAGAUCGGCAACCCGAUAGGACGGACCGAUAAACGCAUUGUCUGGGUGGAUGGUGGGAUGCAUGCGCGGGAAUGGGCAGCCAUUCAUACGGCGCUUUUUUUCAUCGAUCAGCUAAUUUCGCAGUACGGAAUCGACCCACAAAUUACGUCAUAUGUUGACACGCUGAAUUUUUAUAUUGUACCUGCAGCGAAUCCAGAUGGAUAUGAAUAUUCGCGAUCGGACAUAACACCGCGGAAACUGGCUCAAGCACGGACGUCUGCUCAGAAAUAUACCAAGGCAGUGGGCCUUUCAGUGAACCCGAAACGAGUAGACGCAUAUAUCACGCUACACACUUAUUCUCAGAUGUGGAUCCAUCCAUACAAUCAUCAGCGUCAUUCAUUUCCCAGUGACGUCAACGACCUUGUGAGAAUUCAUCUACGCAAACUAAUUUGGAAAAUGACGAAAAAUCUGUCAGAUCCAUCAGCCGGUGGUUCGGAUGACUGGGCGAAGGCGAAGGCUGGUGUUAAAUUUGUAUACCUGCUUGAAUUAAGGCCCGGCGAAGAAGAAUGGGACGGCUUUUUGCUGGAUCGUCGACAACUGAUACCAACUGGCCGUGAGACAUGGGCCGGCGUACGAGUGGUCAUUGACGCUAUCAUGAAAUCCCAAAGUUCGCUGCUUUUACUUCUUACUUUUCAAAUUUACACGCUUAGUCAUUUGACGCCUGAUUUUUUUGUGACUUAA